CUCUCGCGAGAGAACGACCGCCUCGCCUACGCGCCUCACAUCACACAGACAGAGCUCUCGCGAGAGGUGUGCCCGCGGGCCGGCAUGGAGGGGCUGUUCGCGCUGGAGCUGCUGGUGGAGGCGGUGCGGGUGGCGGGGCCGGGACCCGCGGAGCACCCGGGACCCGCGGAGCACCCAGCCCCCGCGGAGCACCCGGCCGUGGCGCUGCGCCUCUUGGAAUUCCCUACCCUGGUGCUGCGCCCCGCCGCCACCGCGCCGCCCCUGCGGCCGGGGCAGCCCUUCCCCUUCGGCCGCGGCAAGCGCUGCCUGUUCCGCUGGCGCCGGGGCUCGCUCAGCGCCGCGCUCCGCCGUCGCCCGCUCCGCGCUCUGCUUCUGGCGCUGCCCGCCGGGCUCGCCCCGGGGCCCCCCCGCCUCCUCGGUAGCUGCGCCGUCCCCCUGGCCCCUGCCGCCGCCGAGCUGCUGCACCGGCCCGGAGCGCCCGCUUCGUACGGCCGUCGCGGCAGCUUCGCGCUGCGGGACACCGCGGGCCGCCCCGUCGGUGAGCUGGUCCUGGGCUACCGCCUCACCUGCCUGGAGGCCGGCAAGGAGCCGCCCCCGGCGAGCCCCGCAAGCCCCCGCGCUGCCACGCCGUCUGCCACCUCCCCUGAGCCGGGGGACCAGGAAGAGGAGAAGGAGAAGGCGAAUGAGGAGGAGGAGAGUGAGGAGCUGGAAGCCAACGUCUUUUGCCCUCCGCUGCUCUAUUACAGCCGUGAGCCGGCUGAGCCUCAGCGGCCCCCAGCAGCGGCGGCCGCGGCGCAAUGGGAGCACGUCGAGGUCAGGAGAUCGCAGGAGAAAGACGAGGGCCAGAGUCCCCCGCGUCCCAGUGCCGGGCCCUCGUUGCUGCACCCCGCCAGCUCUCGACAGCUCCCCAACACCCUAGGGCAGCUGCCGCUACUCAGGGCCUUGCUGGCGGAGCUGUCGCUGCUCACCCACAGCGCUGUGCCUGCUGCUGCUGUCCACCCACAUCUUGCCUGGCUUUACCAGGCCCCGGGGAGUGGUGGAAGGGUCUCACGGCCUCCCAGCCCCUCUGCUGCCCUCAAGUCUGCAGAGGCACCUGUGGGGCCUGGUAGGAGCAGUGGAGCUGUGAGCCCCCGAUUCAAACAAGGUAGGCAAGAGGCCACCCCACCAGUAUCUUCUGGUGCUGGGAGAGGACCUAAGAAAGCUGUGCUUCAGGGACAGCCAGCUGCUGAAAGGAACUGCAAAGCCAAGGAGAACAGACCUCCCAGAAAGAAAUUGUUGUAUGGGCUGACAAAUAUGUUGAGGCUACGGCUGCAGCAGACCAACCCCGAUAAGCUGAUAAUUCAUGAAAGGAGGGAGAAGUACAGAAAAAAGCAAAUGGAGAUGCUGAAGGAGAGAAGCCCCUUACUCAACAGAAAGCUGCUCAGAAAUGCUGGAGAACAGCAUGUGGUUUCUUGCAGGCAUUGUAGCAAGAGAGGCAGUUCAAAGCGGAAUAAUCAGUUGGAUAAAACUGUCCAGACUUCAUUAGAAAACAGUGUUCUCUCAGAGUCCAUUUCUGUGACAGUAGAUGUGUCCCCAGACCUGCAGGAACAGACUAUUGCAAAUUUACGGAGGAACGAUGCAAUUGCAAGCAAGGAGCAUCCAUACAAAGUAACUACAGCCCCCUUACCGGAGGAAACUGUGUUAAAAUCUGCUCAGGAGGAAAAGUAUGCAAAAGCUCAACUCCUAGCAGCGUUCCCAUCAGAUGCUAAUGCAAAGGGAAGUAACGAGGAAGCAAUAUACUUAAUCCAUCAUGAAACUACAGAGCAUGAUGACACAUCUCGUAUAAGUGGUCAUAAACCCAGCCUCAGCAGGAGUGUUGAAAAUGAUUCUGAAUUCAUAUACUCGGAUGACUUUGUUGCUAGUCCUGAAAACACAGUUUAUUCCGAAGAUUUCAGCAGUGCUGAGUGUACAGACUCAGAAGCUCUUGACAGCAGUCCUGAACCUCUGUGUCUUGAAAGCCCAAAGCGAGGUAGGUCAGAUACAGAGCCAGAAUCCUGCAGGUCUAGAAUUUCAAAGACAAGUCAAAAAGCUGAAAGUACUUCAGAUCUCGUGCCAGUUGCUUCAGCUUCAUCUCCAGUCCAGUCUUCGAGGAGAAACCGUGACUUUAAAACCAGCAAAAGAACUAGUGCUGAAUCCUCUGACUCACUUAACCUUGCUCAGAUGGAGGCAUCGUUAUUAGAUGAAGAGGAGAAAGCCCAACAGAUCAGUAAGGAAGAGAACAGGGGUGAUCAGCAUAUUAAACAAAUAUCGACAAGCAAACAAGUUAAAUCUGCUACUGAUCUGAAUAUAGGAAAGGGGCAGACCUCUGCAAAAGAAAAGAAGUCAGUAACUAAAGUUAGCUCUUACUUGCCAUCUAACAUGUCUGAUCUUGAACUUAGUGUCCUGGAAAACAGUAUGUCAGACAAAAAGGAGGAUUUUCUGGAACAACUACUUGCUCCUAAUCAGUACAAAGACAUUAGUGAACUUGUAAUAAACAAGCUCCCAGGAUACACAAUGUAAUUACAAGUUUUCACUGUCUGGAUUAAGAUAUGAUAUUUAAACUUUAUGAGGCCUGUUACAUUUAGCUGCAAUAUAUACAAGAUAAUUUAAGACUUUAUCAUGCACAUUUAACACAUCAGUGAAUUUAGUUAAGAGGUUUCUAAAAUAAACUACUAUUUGAAUCUCUGACAAAUGGCUCAAGUGGUACCUACAGCCUGAUUUAAGUGUCUUAACACAAAAGUAAUCCAAACAGCACAGGAAACAUAACUUAUUGUCAAAGCAGAGAUGAAGACAGAAGCAGCAAAAGCAGUCAGUACCCACAAAACUUGGCCAUGGUAGAAGUUAUACAUUGCUACAGAAACAGCCAAGUACAAAAUUCCUUCCUAACCAAAUGUAAGUUUUUAUUCCUCAUGAAAAUACUUCCAUGCUUCAUUUUCUUUACAGGUAGUUACUUAAAACAUAAGAUUCACAGGUCUAUACAUUAUUAGCUAAUGUGUAUAAUGAUGUAUUUGCUUCCCUGUUCUAUCACUAAAUAUAGUGACCAGAACUGUAUAAGCCCUUUUAGAGUUUCUUAAAUUGUUAGAUUUUCCCAAUUUUUUUAUAAAAUAGUGUAAGAAUUAUUGGUGACAGUAAAUCUAUAUAAUGUGGGAGAGUUUAAGAGGUGGAUGGAAGUUACUUGACCUUGAAGAUAAAAGGUGUGCAAAGAGUAGGGAAGAGCACAGUAAAUUUUCAAUGCUUCACAACUCCCUGAUUGCAUUCUCUGACACUGGGGAAAGAGAGGGGGUCAGCACCCACAGUCCAGAAACUUGGAACAAACAAGCGUAUUAUGUCAUGAUUUAAAGAUUCAAGAAUAGGAGGAAUUCGCCAUGUUCCCUUUUCUGUCAAGAUGGUUGAACUAUUACUGAUGUUUGCUUUUGAUUUCUGGUUUGGUUUUUAUGGCUUCCAAUUUGAUCAUUGAACUUAAUGCUUCUGAUUAACUACUGAGGUUUUCUUAGAGCCCAUAUCCCUAUUACAAAUUUUAGAGACGUUCUUUGGCUUCAAUCUGAAGAGGACUAAAAAUUCCUGCCUUUUUAGUCUCUUGUACACCCCUUUCCAUUCUCUUUGAGUAGUACAUCUGUGUCAGGUUUACAUUCCUAGCUACCUCAUCAGUUAGAACAUUUAUCCUCAGGGUUAAAUGACAGACUUAUCCACUCCCCUUUUCCUUAUAAUUUACAAUCUGACUUUUUCCACAGCUUUUUUCAUUUCCACUGUAGUUUUCCAUGUACUUUGCUGCACGUACCCAUGUUUACACUUCAACAUCUUGGAGGGAUUUCUUCCUUUCCAUCCUACUACGUGUUUAUUUUGUAGGAAUGACAGUACCUCUCCUAUUUAAAGUAUGAACAUCUGUGAGGAUUAUUCAAGUAUCUAGUGUUGACUUCUGAGAACACCACUUCUAAAAUUUUUAAUCUAAAGUUUGGGAGUUGUUCUCGACAAAAAGUUAAAAACAAGCACGAAAACACACACACCAUCAAAUACCCUUUGAUACUGCAGUUAAAGACAACAGAGUAAAGCAAAAGCAACCAAAGAAGCAAAGAGGAAAGCCCUGCCACUCUAAGUUUAGAAACUGAUAUACAGUCACCAGCAGUGACAGGGAUUACUUGUUCUCUCUUUUUUAUCACUUCCUGACAGGCAUUGGGGAACAUCAACAAGACUUUUAGGCACAUCUGGCGGUUAAGUGCAAAAAUGUCUCAUGAAAUAAAUGAGUUUCUCAAAUGCAGCAGCUACAAAACCUCCUGUCCCCACUCCAGCAAGUGGUCAGGCAAUCCAUCAGAUACCAUAUCAUGCAUUAUUACACUCUAUUUUCCAAAAGUUGUCAUCAUGAUUGUCCUCAGUGCCUGUCUCUAAGUAGGCAGCUGGUUCUGUCUUUCAGUACCCUGCUCAUUACUCCUGAAGAGACCUAAAUAGUUUUGUUCAUUUCUGCAUGAAAGCUCCCUCUCGCCAUUUACUCAGAGCACGCCAGGUACCUGCUCUCAAAAGAAUCUUCUGCAAUCACUUUACCUCCUACUCCUUCAUUAUUUCACAUGCAGACACAGAACCAGCUACAAGAAAAAGGCCAAGCUACCACUUCUUCACAUAUAUGACCAAAAGGGAAAAGACCUACAAGGACACAGGGAGAGAGGGAAGCAGGGUCCAGCCCGUGCCUUCAACUUUAAUGGGCUUCAGUGAUCAUCUUCCCUUUCUGUCAUGGACAGGCCUGGAGCUCAUGACACCACACAGUUCUUCUAAGCCCAGUACAGUAAGUAUAUUUCUAGGCCCAAAAGGUCCUAAGCAAGAAUUUCAGAAGUAUGAAGUGGAUCAACAGAUGCACAUCCUCUCAGUGUGUAUCCUUUCUUGCCUUCCAUAAACCUGUGAUAGUCAGCAGAUUUUCUUCAUGUGUUCUGUUAACAUCUUCUACUCUAACCUCCCAGUUUGGGUAUCCUGUCCCACAGUCUGGAAAGUAUUUGCCUCAGGAUAAGCGUUCCUUACGUUGCACUUACUGAUAUGAUGAGACUGUGUGAUUUGAAUUACCUCUCUGGUUGGAUUACAGCUUUUACAGUCUCAGAAAUUCUGAUUUUUUAAUAAUGACGCACUAGUUUAUUGUGGUUAAAAAGCUGUUAGGGUCUUGUGGAAGUUUAUUACUUUACAUGGAUUAGUAAAUACUGAAGCAAUUCUUUUUACAUUAUUUAAAGACUAAGAUUUGUAUAGUAAACAUUUGCAAAGGACAUGUAGCAAUUGUCCCAGUAACAUUAGCACAAACAUAGUCUGCUGCAAUCCAGAACAGAAUAUGUGGACAUAACAAUUAGGAACCAUCUGGUGACCUGGCACUUGCUGGUACAGGAAUAAAAUUUUAAUUAAGUUGUAUUAUCAGAAAGUGUAAGUGACAGCUCCCACUUGAAACCCUAGAGCCAGUAAACUGUCCAAAUAAAGAGAAGGAUGUCACCCAGUUAAUGGUUAGAUCACACUACUUGAUUACAUACUUUGUAAGUAAUGUGCUUCCUUCCCAUGUUCUUGGGCACAGACUACUUAUGCAUUUGGAUUUUUAAGAAGAACUGGUCAUAUGGCAGGUAAAUUGGGAAUUACACUGCAAUUUACUGAGAACAGGACAAUGAAUCACCCAUUUCCCAGGUUUGACAAGCCAGGACUGCAUCUUGUGCAAGAUAAAAAGAAAAGCCCAAAUGAAAAGCUGUAUUCUAACAAGGCUAUGCCAGCUAGCACUGCAUCUGCAUUUGGCUUUUCCUGGAGCUGUGAAACAAAGCUCAGAAGUGCAAGAAAAAUUAUUCUCUCCUGCCCCAACACUCGCCUUACUAUCAGUGAUUCAGAUGGUGGUCUUCAGGGUCCCAGAGUACCAGCCCAUCAGCACUGGAUGAACAAGCCCUAGAUUUCCCAUCCUCUCUUGGCCAUUGGUAACUAUUAUUGCUGUGAUUGUUUUCUUUAGCAUUUAGUAUAUAACACUAAGGGUCUGUCAAAAAAAAAUAUCAGUCACCUCAUCCCAAAAUUCCUCAUCUUUUCUACAUUACAGUUGAGUUAUAGUUCUAGUUCCAUUAAAGACAUCAACUCUGCAGGUACUGACCCAUGAAAGUUAUUACAGAUCUCAAUUUUGUAGCCAAUAAACCAAUUUGUGAUUCAAUCACAAGCACCUGGAGAAGAUCUGGUCUGCUUCAACCAUCUCCAGUUGUCUAAAAUAAUCAGAAUUUACAAAUAAGAAAAUUAAAUCCAGAUUGUGACCCUUUGCACUUUGAGUUAAUCCAAGAACAAUUCCACAGAUCCACUGUAUUGAAGAGAGUUACAGUCUCAGUCUUUGGAGAAUUUCUCCAGUGCACUUUCACAAUAUGCGGAUGCACUUGACUUUGUAACAUUAACCUUAAAGUAUCCAUCAGCUUAAGAUGGAAAGCAGAGAAUUUCUCUGCAUUUGUUUUUAAAACUUCAGCAAUUCUCUUCUUUUAGUAGAAGUGACUGCACAGACAGGAAUCACUGCCAUCCUCCACCCAACCAAACAAUCACAGCCUUUAGACUGAGCGUCAUUGCAUGAAUAAAAUAUUGGUUAUUCUUUAUACUUUUGGGGCAUGUUGUGUUAAGUAAUGUAUUUUUCACUCAUAAAAUUAUUUCUCACAGACUUUAUGAUUGUACAAAGAGAAACUAUUUUCAGUGUUGAAAAACCCAACAUAAAUUGACUCCACUCCUAAAUUCAAGCAAACAUCAGUAGCAUAAUCCUUUUCUCAGAGUAAGCUCUACUCGGAAACUAAAUGGCCAAAGUGCUCCCAAGGGCAACAAUUAAUAUUUUAGCCAGUGGAUUCAUUUGGGGAGACUCUUGUAAAUUUAAUGAAUUCCCCAGUAGCCAAUCCAUCAUAGUCACUAAUAUGCUGGCAAUCUUGCUACUGAUAAUGUUUCCAAUACAUUAUAAGCUCUCAUUUAUUGCCUUAAAUUUUAAUUCAAUGAAUUCUGCAUGUGAGCUCUUCUCAGAUGGUGAUACUUUGUGCUAAUGCAAUCAUAGAUGGGCCAUUUGGGAGCAUAACAAGACUGAACUUGGUACACUUGGCACGAUGUCACUGGGAAGGCAGGACAUUUCUCACCCAAGCUUCUGUUCUUUAUCUCUUACCUCCCUAAUAUUUGUGCCUCUAAACUAACAUAUAAUUGGAUCUACCCCUUCUGGGCUUCAUCUUACGGAUUAGAGGAAAACACAGGGGAGAGGUCAGAGUGAAAACUCAGGCUCCCUAUGUAUUCAGCCAGCUUUUGGACAUGAAUAUGGAAGUGCUGAAAUCAGCAGUGACAUACAGAACUACAGGCAAUAGUGCUUGAAAGACUCAAGAAUUCAUCUAACCUAUCCCCUUGCCCUAAGGCAAAAAUCAACUUGUAACUAUAUCAGUCCUGACAGAUUUUUGUCUAGCUCAUUAAAAAAAA